AUGUCGACAAUCCCAUCGCAGGUUGAAAUAAAUUUCAACAAAAUACAUCAGCGUUCAAACUCAUCGUCAUCCACAUCCACAUCUUCAUAUCGUAUACCAUCUGGAAAUAGUUGUAUCCCAAGAACAGUAGAAAUACCAUCACUACCACACACAUCAUCUCAUCAACAAUACCAAAAUCAUCAACAGAUGCCUUCUUCAUCUUCACAUGCACAUAUUGCAAAAAAAAUACAUCGAGAAGUUCGAUUUGGUGCAUAUAUACUUGGUUCCACCCUUGGUGAAGGUGAAUUUGGUAAAGUUAAACUUGGUUGGAGAAAAGAUGGCAAACAUCCGAGUCAAGUUGCAAUAAAAUUAAUUAAACGAUCAUCAAUAACUAAAGAUUCUGAUUCGGAAAUCAAAAUCCACCGAGAGAUAAAUUCACUUAAACUAUUAAACCACCCAAAUAUCGUCAAUUUGGUUGAAGUAAUGAAAAGUGGUAAAUAUAUCGGUAUAGUAUUGGAAUAUGCAUCUGGUGGUGAGUUGUUCGAUUAUAUUUUGCAACACAAGUAUUUAAAAGAAAAUGUUGCCAAAAAAUUGUUUGCUCAACUAGUAAGUGGAGUUGAUUACAUGCAUGCCAAGGGAUUGAUCCAUCGAGAUUUAAAGUUGGAAAAUUUGUUAUUGGAUAAACACAGAAAUGUCAUCAUCAGUGAUUUUGGUUUUGUAAAUUCAUAUAAUCGAGAUAAAAAUGAUUUGAUGAAAACCAGUUGUGGGUCCCCAUGUUAUGCCGCACCCGAAUUAGUGUUAUCACAAACUGCAUACGAAGGAAGAAAAGUUGAUAUUUGGUCGUUGGGAGUAAUAUUAUAUGCCAUGUUGGCAGGAUAUUUACCGUUUGAUGACGAUCCAGAAAAUGAAGAUGGUUCUGAUAUAAUCAAAUUAUAUCAUUACAUUUGUAAGACUCCAUUGACAUUCCCAGAAUAUGUUUCCCCAUUGGCUCGUGACUUGUUGAGAAAAAUAAUUGUUUCUGAUCCGAAAAAGAGAAUUGGCAUUGAUGAUAUUAGAAACCAUCCAUGGUUGAGUUCCCAUGCCAAUUUGUUAUCAAUUAGACAACCAGAAUGGGACAAGGUACAUAAUGAAAAACAACAGCCAAUUGUUGUUGAACCACCACAGCCAAAUAAGAGAUACUCCAUGAUCAAUGAACGUACCAAUUCAUCGUCAUUGAUGUCACCAGCACCAAGAGUUACCCAUACCCAACCACUUUCAUCACAUGCAAGAUCAUAUUCUUCUACAAGCAUUAGUUUAUUGUAUUCAUCUCCAUCAGCAACUCCAUCAAUGGCUAAUGCGGUCACUAAUGGCGAAGGUGCAACUGGGGGAUCAAUAAAUGAAUCUAACGAUACUUUGCAGCUAUCAGGAACACCAUCACCAAAGAAACCAAACACGGUAUCUCCUGUGCGUGGUCAUCAAAAAUCAGCGUCAAUAUCAAACUCAUAUUCGUCAGCUAGUGUUGCAUUGAAAGCAGUCGUUUAUGAGGAGAAUAGACUUCACAACCAUCAACAACAACAACUGCAACUGCAACUGCAGCAAUAUAUACCAAGAUCAUCUACAAUAUCUACCAUAGUGGAAAGUCCUACUAAAGCUAGUACCACAACAGAAACAGAAGCAACAGAUGGUAAAAAAGUGUUGUUACCACCACCAAGUAAAGAUGCACAAAAAUUGCCUCAUGCCACGAAGAGACCAAGACCAACUUCAUAUCAUCCAUCUUCUAUGUCGUCUACUUUGAUACAUAACAACCAAAACCCUACUGAUGUGCUUAAAAUUCCUAGUCCAAUAAACUUCCCAAUGACACAGUUUAUUUCCACUUCACCACCUAAAUCGAAUGGGUCAUUAAAUGAUUCUGGCAGCUUUAACAAUUGCUCACCAAAGGCGACUUCAAGAAGAAACUCAGUUGUCACUCAUGUUCACGUUAAUGGCGUGUUAAGUAAAGAGAAUUUGAUUCAUUCUUCUAGUUCCCCUGACAAUAAAAGAAAUUCGGUGUUGAGUUAUUUAGAGGAUAAAAUUGACACUUUAGAAUUAACCGAAAGUCAUUCGCCUUCCAAACUUACUUUUGAAGAAAUUGUUGAUGCAGCUAUUGCCACUCCAGAAAUCAAUCAAGUACCUGUAUUUGAUUCACAAACUUCACCAAAUGGAAUUGGUUUGGAUAUUAAAACUAAAGAAUUUGAUGAAACUCGUUUAGUGGAGGAAAAGAAAUCUAAAGAAACCGUUUCAGAUAGCAAGAGUGAAGAACUGACAAAGGAUACCCAACCAGAGGAAAAUGUUGUUAUAUAUGAACCUAUUGUUCCCGUUGAAGAAUACAUUAAAAAACCAGAGCACGUAAAUACUAUUGAAGCUGAGCAGCCAGAGGAAGUUAAAAUAGAAGAUAAGGAUCUACAAAACCAAAAACCACCACAACAACAAGCAGAGGGAAAACAUUCACCAGAACUUGGUAAGUCCAAAAUUGAUUUGAAGAAAUCAGUUUCACAAAAGAAAAAAGUGAAGGAAGAAUCCAUAAAGAAACAAAAGGAUGUUGAUUCCAAACCAAUAGAGAGACGACACACCAUUGCUGCGAGAAGACAUCAUAAUGACGAAAAUAAAGAAAAUAAAGAUGUGAAGAAACGUAACAGAUUUAGUUUAUUAUCGUUUUACAGUUCUUACAAUUCAUCAAAUUCAAAUAUAUCGCUUGCAACCAGCAAAGUGCCAUCGAAUUCGGAGAAUAAUACUACUAAUAACGCAGUGUUGAAACCAACAAAUAUUAAUACAACUAGAAAAGUGUUAGAACCUUCAAAUGAGACGAAUAUAAUCAGAAAAGAGUCGAAACAAUCUAAUUCAAAUGGCUCAACCACAUCAAAAUCAACCACAUCCUCGUCAUCGUCUUCUUCUGCUCCAACAGCAUCAUCGACAUCAUCAUCAUCAAAACGAGCAUCUACUGCAACUAAAGAAACAAGCGCAGCCAGGAAAGUUAUGGAUUUUUUCAAAAGAAGAAGUGUCAGAGUUGGUUAA